AUGCUGGGAAGCGUGGGUGGCCGUCACGUGUCGACGCGACGCCGCGGCAGCAGCCCGAUGGUGCGUAGCGGCAUCAUGGCUGGCGGGCCGAACAAUCAUCCGAACGGCAACGGCGACUCGGCGGCCCUGCCGGCCUCGGACGCGCCGCGCUACGCCAGACGCAGGACCGCCGUCACCACCAGCGAUCACAAGAGCUGCGCCGUCGUGCAGACCAGGCUCAAGCUCGGUGACAUCAUGUUGGCAGCGCAAGAGGCGGCACAAAGGGAACCUGGAUACACCAGUCAGUUCAGGAGAAGGCAAAGGGCGGCCGGUCUGAGCGGUCUCGGUGACUGGGCUGGCACCGGCGGGGAGGUACUAGGCGGCAUGGCACCAGGCCGGGAUCAGGGCGGGGCGGGCGACGGGGAGCGCAAGGGCCCGUCCUCCCUGUUCAUACUGAGCGAGGACAAUUGCAUUAGGCGGCACACACGAUUCAUCAUAGAAUGGCCGCCCUUCGAGUACGCGGUGCUGCUCACCAUCAUAGCCAACUGCGUCGUGCUGGCCCUCGAGGAACAUCUGCCCUGCCAGGACAAGACCACACUGGCCAAGAAGCUCGAGACCACGGAGAUCUACUUCCUCGGCAUCUUUUGCGUCGAGGCGAGCCUGAAGAUCCUGGCGCUCGGCUUCGUGCUGCAUCGGGGCUCGUAUCUCAGAAACAUCUGGAACAUCAUGGACUUCUUCGUAGUUGUCACUGGGUUCAUCACGGCAUUCCCGCAGGGCAUAAACCUGGACAUGGAUCUGCGAACGUUGCGCGCUAUACGCGUGCUUCGGCCGCUGAAACUUGUUUCCGGCAUUCCAAGUCUCCAGGUGGUACUCAAGUCCAUCAUCAAGGCGAUGGCACCACUCUUGCAGAUUGGCUUGCUCGUCUUGUUUGCCAUUGUGAUCUUUGCCAUCAUUGGGCUGGAGUUUUAUUCCGGUACCCUGCACAAAACGUGCUACAGCAUCGAGAAUUCCGAUCUGAUCGUGAAGGACGGUGAACAGCCGAACCCGUGCAACACAGACAUAGAAUCCGAGGCGCCGAUGGGCGCCCACGUGUGCAACGCCAACACGUCGAAGUGCUCCGAUCGCUGGGAGGGACCAAACAACGGCAUAACCAGUUUCGACAACAUCGGAUUCGCUAUGCUAACAGUCUUCCAGUGUAUCACCAUGGAGGGCUGGACUGCCAUAUUGUACUGGACAAAUGACGCACUCGGUAGUACGUUCAACUGGGUUUACUUUAUACCGCUGAUCGUCAUUGGAUCAUUCUUCAUGCUGAAUCUAGUUCUCGGUGUGUUGAGCGGAGAGUUUGCGAAAGAGAGAGAAAAGGUCGAAAACCGGCAGACCUUUCUGAAAAUGCGAAGACAUCAGCAGCUCGAGCGCGAGCUCAACGGUUACGUCGAAUGGAUCUGUAAAGCAGAGGAGGUCAUCUUGGCCGAAGAACGUACCACCGAGGAGGAAAAAAUGCACAUCAUGGAAGCGCGGAGGAGAGCCGCGGCCAAGAGAAAAAAGCUGAAAAACCUCGGGAAAAGCAAAAGCACCGACACCGAGGAGGAAGACAACGAGGACGAACCGGACGAUGGAUUCGGCAGAGCCUCUUAUCUCAAAUCCAAAGUGAAGAAUCAGGGCGCCUGCGCCGACUUCUGGCGAUCCGAGAAGAGGUUUCGCUUCUGGAUCAGGCACACGGUGAAGACACAGUGGUUUUACUGGUUCGUCAUAGUGCUCGUCUUCUUCAACACGGUGUGCGUAGCCGUCGAGCAUUACGGACAGCCCGACUGGCUCACGGAGUUUCUUUAUUACACCGAGUUCGUGUUCCUGGGCCUGUUCAUGUGCGAGAUGGUGAUCAAGAUGUACGCCCUGGGGCCUCGCAUCUACUUCGAGUCGAGCUUCAACCGGUUCGACUGCGUCGUCAUCUCGGGCUCGAUAUUCGAGGUGAUCUGGUCGGCGGUCAAGUCGGGCUCGUUCGGUCUGUCCGUGCUGCGCGCCCUGCGCCUGCUCAGGAUAUUCAAGGUCACCAAGUACUGGUCGAGCCUGAGGAAUCUCGUGAUCUCGCUGCUCAACUCGAUGCGCAGCAUCAUAUCUCUCCUCUUCCUGCUCUUCCUCUUCAUUCUCAUAUUCGCACUGCUUGGCAUGCAGCUCUUCGGCGGCCAGUUCAAUUUCGAGACCGGCACGCCGCCCACCAACUUCAACACCUUCCCCAUAGCACUCCUCACCGUCUUCCAAAUAUUGACCGGCGAAGAUUGGAACGAAGUCAUGUAUCAAGGCAUCCAAUCUCAAGGUGGUCACAAAAAGGGCAUGAUAUACUGUCUUUACUUCAUCGUCCUGGUGCUCUUCGGUAAUUACACGCUGCUGAAUGUAUUCUUGGCUAUCGCCGUCGAUAAUUUGGCGAACGCCCAAGAACUCACAGCGGCCGAAGAGGAGCAGGAGGAAGAAAGCAAGGAAAAACAACAGCUCGAGCUCGAGAAGGAGAUGGAGUCCCUCAAGCCGGAUUCCAACGGACCCAAGGUGGACCUCGGCGACGAGGGCGGGGACGCCAACUCCAAAUUCAACAAAAGUGGUAAAGGUGGUAAACCAGAGGCUGAGGAGAAAAAACAAGACGACGAAGAUGAUUCGGGACCAAAACCAAUGCUGCCAUACUCGUCUAUGUUUAUAUUAUCUCCUACUAAUCCAGUAAGAAGAGGCGCUCACUGGGUGGUGAAUCUGCGCUACUUCGACUUCUUCAUCAUGGUGGUGAUCUCGCUGUCGAGCAUAGCGCUCGCCGCGGAGGACCCGGUGAACGACUCCAAUCCGCGCAACACGAUACUCAACUACUUCGAUUACGCCUUCACGGGCGUCUUCACGAUCGAGAUGAUCCUCAAGAUCAUCGAUCUCGGCAUCAUACUGCACCCGGGCUCGUAUCUGCGCGAGUUCUGGAACUUCAUGGACGCCAUCGUGGUGGUGUGCGCGGCCGUGUCGUUCGCCUUCGACAUGACCGCCGCCGAGGGUGGCGGCUCCGCGAGCAAAAACCUGUCGACCAUCAAGUCGCUGCGAGUGUUGCGAGUGCUCCGACCGCUCAAGACGAUCAAGCGCGUGCCCAAGCUCAAGGCGGUCUUCGAUUGUGUUGUGAACAGUUUGAAAAACGUCAUUAACAUUCUCAUAGUGUACAUAUUGUUUCAAUUCAUCUUCGCCGUAAUAGCGGUGCAGCUGUUUAACGGCAAGUUUUUCUACUGCACCGACGAUAGCAAAUAUACGAAGGAGGACUGCCAGGGCUGGUUCUUCGUUUUCGAGGAGAACGAGCUGCAUCCCGAGGCGCGCGAAAGAAAAUGGGAGUCGCAGUCCUUUCAUUACGACAACGUCAUGGUGGCGAUGCUGACGCUGUUCGCCGUGCAGACGGGCGAGGGCUGGCCUCAGGUCCUGCAGAACUCCAUGGCGGCCACCUACGAGAACAAGGGCCCCAUACAGAACUUUCGCAUCGAAAUGUCCAUAUUCUACAUAGUCUACUUCAUCGUGUUUCCGUUCUUCUUCGUCAACAUCUUCGUGGCCUUGAUUAUCAUUACCUUCCAAGAGCAAGGCGAAGCCGAGCUUCAGGACGGGGAAAUCGAUAAGAAUCAGAAAUCAUGUAUAGACUUUACGAUACAGGCCAGACCACUCGAGAGGUAUAUGCCGAAGGAGCGAAACAGUAUGAAGUAUAAAAUUUGGAGGAUAGUCAUGUCGACGCCCUUCGAGUAUGGCAUUAUGAUGCUUAUCGUAUUUAAUACACUAUUACUCAUGAUGAAGUACCACCGGCAGAGCGACGGGUACAAGAACACAUUGAAGUACAUGAACAUGUGCUUCACGGGGAUGUUCACCGUCGAGUGCACUAUGAAGAUCGCCGCUUUCGGCGUCAGGAACUUCUUUAAGGACCCAUGGAAUACAUUCGACUUCAUCACGGUCAUCGGUAGUAUCGUGGACGCACUUGUCAUCGAAUUCGGGGAUACGAUAGCUCGAUUAUUUCAAACAGAGAAAGAUACCGCGCGACGGGAGAACUUCAUCAAUGUCGGCUUUCUCAGACUAUUCAGGGCUGCCAGGCUUAUCAAACUUUUGAGGCAGGGAUACACUAUACGUAUUCUCCUCUGGACUUUUGUACAAUCAUUCAAGGCUUUACCUUACGUCUGUUUACUCAUAGCGAUGCUCUUUUUCAUUUACGCGAUCAUCGGUAUGCAGGUGUUUGGUAACAUCGCCUUGGUGGAGAAAAACUCGAUCAACAAGCACAAUAAUUUUCAGAGUUUCAUUCAAGGUCUGAUGUUACUAUUUCGAUGCGCGACGGGCGAAGCUUGGCCGAACAUCAUGCUGGCUUGCAUAGCCGAUCAGCAGUGCGAUCCUCGUUCCAAGGAGGCAGGCGACAAGUGCGGCUCGAAUCUGGCCUACGCCUACUUCGUCAGCUUCAUCUUCUUCUGCUCAUUUCUCAUGCUGAAUCUGUUCGUCGCCGUCAUCAUGGACAAUUUCGAUUAUCUGACGCGCGACUCGUCGAUCCUCGGCGCCCAUCAUCUCGACGAGUUCGUCCGGAUAUGGGCGGAGUACGAUCCGAACGCGACCGGCAAGAUACACUACUCCGAGAUGUACGACAUGUUGAAGAACAUGGAGCCACCGCUAGGCUUUGGCAACAAGUGUCCGAAUAGGCUGGCGUACAAGAAAUUGAUAAGGAUGAACAUGCCGGUCGACGAGGACGGACGCGUCAAUUUCACGACUACGCUAUUUGCUCUGAUUCGAGAAAAUCUGAGCAUCAAGAUGCGAAGCGCUGAUGAAAUGGACCAGGCUGACGAAGAACUUCGAGGAACGAUUAAAAAUAUAUGGCCUCUGCAGGCUAAGAAAAUGUUAGAUCUUCUGGUGCCUAGAUCAGAAGAAAUUAAGAAAAAUAAGCUUACGGUUGGUAAGAUUUACGCAGGCCUGUUAAUUCUUGAGUGUUGGAGGACCACACGAUUUAGCCAGAAAGAAUCGACCCAGAACGAUAACGAACUUAUCGAUAACGAAAAUGCCGGGCAAAAAGCUGGAGCCCAGGCGCGCUCGACGUUCUUCGAGGCGCUGCUGGACGUCGCAGCCGUUAAUCACACGGGUAAUAAUCACCAUCCGGGCAGCCGCACCAAUAGCCUCGACCCGGCGGUACCGGGUCAGGAGCCCAGCAAGGACCACCAUCCGCAUCAUCCGCACCAUCCGCAUCAUGGGCACAGGGGCUCGCGCACCGAAGGCGACGACGACGGGGCGUUCGGGAUAUUCGCCGCCGCCGAGCAAAGACGCCAGCGAAGUCUCAAGAAUAAAAAGAUGGAUUUGCAAGAUGUGGGCAUCACUGACUCGCGAGCCGGCAGUCUCGAGAGUCUCACGCACGACGGCGAGAGGCUUCAUCCGCACCAUCAAACCCAUCCAACCAGACACUCCAGAUCGCCAAGUUUGAGAUCGCCGUCCCCGAGGCAACACAGGUAUGAUCAUCGAGGAAGUCAAUAUCACGACGGUUUCAGUGACACCGUCAACAACGUCGUUGAAAUGCAAAGGGAUGCUCGUUAUCCCCAUUCACAUUUCUUAUACAAAAGAAGAUACAAGGAUUAUUACGACCACUGCGACUAUUACGACGAUGGCCCUUGGAGCGCGUCAACGUCCCCGGCACGCUCGCCCAGUCCGGUGCAUCGUAUGGAUCACAUGGACAGCCACAGUCGACGGUACGGAACCACGUCGCUGGACCAACGCUCGCGAUCACCGUCCCCGAUGACGAGCGGCCGCGGCGGUGGCGGCAUCGGUCCCGGCGGACACCAUCACUAUCUUCAUCAGCCGCACCAACACAGCUAUCCGGUCCUGGUGACGCGCCGCAUAAGCCAAGGACGCAGGCUUCCGCCCACGCCCAGCAAACCGUCGACGCUGCUGCUCAAGACGCCGGCGAACAUCAAUUUUCCUAAGCUGAGCGCGUCCCCGACACACGGCCCUCUGGCGGUGCAGCAGGGCGUCGUCUUACCACCGACCAAUGGACAAAUCGGUCCACCAAUCUGUCCACUUAGUUUCGAGCAAGCUGUCGCUAUGGGUAGAGGAGGCCGUAUGCUACCCAGUCCUGUACCAAAUGGCUACAAGCCUCAGUCGAAAUCGCGAACGGCGCGCACCAGGCACUCCGACAGUGACGACGACGACUGGUGCUAGCCCCGGUUGCAGUCUGGACCACACUGCCAUCAGCGAACACCGGGCAACGUCGAGCCUUUCUCAUCAACAGUUUCGCUGUAAAUGACAGUAGUCCGCCCAACAAUUCAUUCGAGAAAAUAUAUAAUGUAAAUAACCAUGCGUGCGCAUCUUUUUACACAUACACACUAACACAUUUAAAAACGGGCGGUUUUCUUGUUGGUAAGAGUGACGAUACGGAGAAGCUUCCGAUAGAUUAUUAGUCACGUUUACCAAUACGUAAAAUUAUAAAUAACUGUAUAGGCUUUGAACUCAGAGGAACAAACUUGUGAAGCUGACAAUUUUCAUCCUGAUUUUGUCCUUCAGAAAUAUACAGACUAUAUUUAACGUAGUUGUACUACUCAAUAAGUAAUGUAAAACUGAUAAUAUAAGAUUUAUAACAACAGCCGGCUGAAUCUAUAUUUGACGCGUUUCGCUUGACAGCCUGCGCUUAUUAUCUUAGCAUAUAUGAGAAAAUAGUUUUUAAGGAAUAAACCUCCGACGAGUUCAUUUUUCUAUAUGCGAAUAAAAAAGGGACUAGAUUAAUGAAAAUACGAUCCUAUAGAACAUUUUAUUACGAGCACGACCGAUUGUACAUAUUACAAAACACUGAAAUGUUUUUUCUUUUUCGUUAUCGAUAUAAUUGAAGAGUAUAAAACGUGAAAUGUUGUUACUAUUAUCAUCGUGUGAAUUAAUAAUAUAUAAAUAUACCGAAUACACAUAUUAUGAUCACAUGAAAAGAUUAAUUAUUAGAACUCUUUCAUUGUAAAAAUUGUGACACUGAACAUAUAGUCAAGAGAUUUUUCGUAUUUUUUUCAAUCUCGCUAUAAAUAAUUAAGAACAUGAACGAAUACUUUUCACGUUACAAAAAAAAUCAUUAACAUGCCAUAUAUCUUAUGUAAUUUACAUAAGCAAAUUAAUAUGUAUAUCAUUAAACUCAAGCAAAGUAAAUAAUAACUCGUUAUUACGGUGUCAUCCACCUCUUUUUAUACGGAUUAUAAUAAAAAAAGGAAAUAUAAAUAUAAUAAACAUUAUAAAAAAUAUAUCCCUCUACAGAACUAAAAUGCCGAAGAAAGUAAAAAAAACGGAUAAAGGAAUGAGAAUAACUGAAUUUUAGCUUUUUAGAAGCCUAGUAUGAUUGCAUGAUUAGCGUUGCAUUUCUCGCGUUCCUUCCGAACUGCCAAAAUUUAUUAAACGUCAUUCAUAAAAUAUAGAAGACAGUCGAUUAAAAAUUUACCGUGAAUUUUGAAGUGCGUCAAAUGCGAACGAGUCCACUGCGUGUGUAGAGAUUUAAUAGGUAAUAAACACUAUUCGCAGCCUUUCUACGCGAAAAAAAACAUAUGAAUGAGAUUCACUCGAUUAAAAAAAUUUAUUAAGACCCACCUCUCGUGCAAACUUAUGAGCAUUCCAUUUAUCAUGUCACGAGAAAAGUCUGAUUUAUUGAUAAUAUUAGCUUACCGUAAUAUUAUCUUAUUGUAGAUAAUAUUAGAAAUUAUCUGAAUCGUAAAGUAAAAUAAUUUAUUCUAUCACGUAAUUAAAAAAAUAUAUAAAAAUAAAUACGAGGAGUUGCUUACAAAUACGUAAAUCUGAUUAUCAUUAAAAAUAUAGGAAAAUGAAUUGCCUUUCGUCCGUUUUUAUGUUGAUGACGAUCAGUUUUCAGUGUAAAAAACACUUAUGAAAAAAAGAUAAUAUUGAUAAUUGCACAUCUUAUCCCAGGUGGACAAGUACAACGCAAUAUUUUACAUUAUAAAUUAAUGAAAACAAUUUUUUGCGCUAUUUGUUAACAUUUAUCAAUAAAAAGAAAUUUAUUCUUGUGUGUUAAAGAUAAUGUUUCAUGUGGUAUAGAAUAUUUAUAAUAAAAUGUUUGGGUGGAAUUUCCCCAUUAUUUACUACAAAAAAAUUUUAUUUAAAAGAUUGUUUUGAAAAAAUAUUUAAAAAAAUUAUUAAACAUUUAAUGAAUAUUUAUGAAUGAUAUAUUUGCUUUGGUUACUAUUUUAUUUUCAUUUUUUAUUUUAAUUUUCUCGAAUCGAAAACUGCCAAUAAGUGUGAAAUCAAUUACUAAUAAAAAUUAUAUAUUAAGUGCAUCAAAUUUUAAACAUGAAUAACGUCAAAAUGCUCAGAAAUAUAUUUAACAUAACAACUUUUUUGGACUAUUUUAAGUUAAAUUAAAAUUAAAAACGACUACCUUUUACUUAAAUCGUUAUAAACUCAAACUCUAUAAGCCAUUUCUAGUUUGUUAUUGAAUAAAAUAUUCAUAAAUAGUAAAAAAAAAUCAAUGCGAAACUGUUUUUAUACUAUUAGAACUCAUUGAAAAUUCACUAACCAAUUAAGCAAUUAAUAAAUUGUAAAAGAGACUCGUAAAAUGUUCGUGUCACAGUGUGAAAAUAUACCGCUCUAGGAUUCAAAUCUUUUAAAUUACAUCAUUAAUGUAAUAUUUCUGUGAUAAAUAUCAUAAUUUAAAUUACAAAAAAAUGAAGAAAAUUGAAUGUUGGAGCAGUGGACUUGAUCAUGUUCACGCUGAAUUAUUUAUAUAGUACAUUGUAACCUACAUCAUCUAUAUUAAAUAGUUAUCGAAUAAAUAGAAUUUAUAAAUUAAACAAAGAAAUAUAUUUAAAUUUUAUUGUGAGUAAUUGAAUGUUAUUACUACGUGAAAAAUUGUAUUUGUUAUCUCAUAAUGACUUAUUGUUAGGAUCACCGUGUAUUCAAGUGAAUGAGAAUAUUAAAUUACAUCUAUUAUUAUUAGAGUCUAAAUGUAGGAAUACUUCUUAGCAUCCUCUCAAUUUUCUAGCCAAUUUUCAUUUCAAGUUAUACGUUAACAUAAGCUUGAUAAAAAAACAACAUAAUAAUAAGUUAAAUUAAACGAUUAAAUAAUAACGGCAUGAAACACGACCAAAUUUUCUGAUAGUGAUGUCGUAAGAGAAAUAAAUGUCUAAUAUGAUAUAGUUUCAUUAAAAAUUAAGAUCAUAGUAAAAAAAAAUCGUUUUGAUUAUUAAUUAAAAAAUCAGUUGAAAUAACUUAAU